CUUCUAAAAUCGGAUUUGUGGAGUACGGAAGGGCACAGUAGGAGUGAGCUAGAACUCAGAGAGAAUAGUCGAGAUUGUAUAGAAGUGAAAAUUUAGUGAGAUUUGAAGUGUAUUGUGUUGGUAGAGGGAUAAUCGGAGUCUGAAGAAAGCGAGGGUUUCUGUGUGUGUGUGAGAGGUUUUGAUAUGAGUGAGGACUACGGAGCGGUUUGAGAAAAACUGACGGUGCCAUCUCUCCUGCGACAGGUUACUGAAGGAUGAGUCAUUCAACGGGCUCGCCGAACCACAAAAACUAUGAUGAGGAAGCCGGAAUCAACCGUUCCGGCGACGACGAGGACUGCUCGAAUGUCUUUGAGAUUACCAGAACUAAGCAUGCUUCCGUCGAGCGUCUCCGCCGUUGGAGGCAAGCGGCACUUGUGCUAAAUGCUUCUCGUCGAUUCCGGUAUACCUUAGACUUGAAAAGGGAGGAAGAAAAAAAGAAGACGUUAAGCAAGAUUAGAGCACAUGCACAAGCCAUACGAGCUGCAUUUCUUUUCAAGGAAUCCGUACCACAGGAAAAUGGAAAUGUGCCACCAAAACGAAGUUCUGCUGGUGAAUUUCAAAUUGGACAAGAAGAACUAGCUUCAAUUUCAAGGGAUCAUAAUUUUACUACUCUGCAGCAAUAUGGGGGGGCAAGUCUACCAAGGAACCUCUUUUGUUAUUUGACUUUGUAUAUUAAUGAGUUUUCUUAUUCUUUUGUUGUUUCUUUACAUCAGGUCAAAGGCCUCGGAGAAUUAUUGAAAACAAGUUUAGAAAAGGGAAUUCCUGGAAGUGAUGAUGAUUUACUAAAACGAAAAACUGCAUAUGGAUCCAACACAUAUCCCCGGAAAAAACCAAGGAGUUUCUGGAGAUUUCUCUGGGAAGCUUGCCAAGAUCUUACUCUUAUCAUUUUGAUGGUAGCUGCUGUGGCUUCUUUAGCGCUGGGUAUAAAAACAGAGGGUAUAAAGGAGGGAUGGUAUGAUGGGGGCAGCAUUGCUUUUGCAGUUCUCCUAGUCAUUGUCGUGACAGCCAUUAGUGACUACAAACAAUCUCUGCAGUUCCAGAAUCUAAAUGAGGAAAAGAGAAAUAUACAAAUUGAGGUUAUCAGAGGUGGUAGACGUGUUGAGGUUUCAAUUUAUGACCUUGUUGUAGGUGAUGUUAUACCCCUUAACAUUGGUGAUCAGGUUCCUGCUGAUGGGGUUUUAAUCAUUGGUCAUUCACUUUCAAUUGAUGAGUCUAGCAUGACUGGCGAGUCCAAGAUUGUUCGCAAGGACUCCAAAGAACCAUUUCUAAUGUCUGGCUGCAAAGUAGCGGAUGGAAAUGGUAUAAUGCUGGUAACCAGUGUUGGGAUUAAUACUGAAUGGGGAUUACUCAUGGCUAGCAUCUCGGAAGACACUGGUGAAGAAACACCCUUGCAGGUGCGCUUGAAUGGGGUUGCUACCUUCAUUGGUAUUGUGGGGCUCACAGUAGCGUUCCUCGUCUUAUGUGUCCUUUUGGUCAGAUACUUUACUGGCCAUACAACAAAUGAUGAUGGAACUCCUCAGUUUGUUGCCGGAAAGACAAAAUUUGGGAAAGCCAUAGAUGGAGCCAUCAAAAUUGUCACUAUUGCAGUCACCAUUGUAGUGGUUGCUGUUCCUGAAGGCCUCCCCUUAGCUGUUACCUUAACACUUGCGUACUCAAUGAGAAAAAUGAUGGCAGAUAAGGCCUUGGUACGUAGGCUUUCUGCAUGUGAAACAAUGGGCUCGGCCACUACUAUAUGCAGUGAUAAGACUGGUACCUUAACCUUGAACCAGAUGACUGUGGUCGAGUCUUGUGCAUGUUUGAAGAAAGUCAAUAACUCUGAUGGCAAGCCAGACUUGUCGCCAAAAAUAUCGUCUUUGAUUAUUGAAGGCGUAGCUCAGAAUACAACUGGCAAUGUUUAUGUGCCUGAGACUGGUGGUGAUGUAGAGGUUACUGGAUCACCAACAGAGAAGGCAAUUCUGCAGUGGGCACUCAAGCUUGGGAUGAAUUUUGAAGCCACCAGGUCUCAAUCUUCAAUUCUUCAUGUGUUCCCAUUCAACUCUGAGAAAAAACGAGGCGGUGUAGCAGUUAAAUUGCCAAACAAUGAAGUUCAUAUACACUGGAAAGGGGCUGCUGAAAUAAUCUUGGCCUCAUGCACAAGAUACAUUGACGACAAUGAUCAGGUGGCAGCAAUGGACGACGACAAGCUUAUGUUUUUCAGGAAAUCUAUUGAGGAUAUGGCUGUUGGUAGUUUGCGUUGUGUUGCUAUAGCAUAUUUACCAUAUGAAUUUGAAAAUGUUCCAACUGGUGAACACCAAUUAGCUGAUUGGGCCAUGCCUGCAGAUGACCUUGUUUUACUUGCUAUUGUUGGUAUAAAGGAUCCUUGUCGACCAGGAGUCGCAGAUGCAGUGAGACUAUGCCAAAAGGCUGGCGUCAAGGUACGCAUGGUUACUGGAGACAAUGUUCAGACUGCAAAGGCAAUAGCAUUGGAAUGUGGUAUACUGCGUGCUGAUUCAGAUCUUAGAGAGCUUCUAAUUGAAGGGAAAGACUUCCGUGAGCUUUCUGAUAGGCAGAGAGAAGAGGUUGCUGAGAAAAUCUCGGUAAUGGGACGAUCCUCUCCUAAUGAUAAGCUUCUGCUUGUGCAAGCGCUAAGGAGAAGGGGACAUGUUGUUGCUGUUACUGGAGAUGGCACUAAUGAUGCUCCUGCACUACAUGAGGCGGACAUUGGUCUUGCUAUGGGUAUUCAAGGUACUGAGGUUGCCAAAGAGAGUUCUGAUAUCAUUAUCUUGGAUGACAAUUUUGCUUCAGUUGUGAAGGUUGUCAGAUGGGGACGUUCUGUAUAUGCAAAUAUUCAGAAAUUUAUCCAAUUCCAACUCACUGUCAAUGUUGCCGCACUUGUUAUCAAUGUUGUGGCCGCGAUUUCCUCUGGUGAAGUACCACUAAAUGCUGUUCAGCUUCUGUGGGUGAAUCUUAUAAUGGAUACUCUUGGAGCACUAGCAUUGGCUACUGAGCCUCCUACGAAUCAUCUGAUGGACAGACAACCUGUUGGUCGAAGGGAACCACUGAUAACUAAUAUAAUGUGGAGGAACUUAUUGAUUCAGGCUAUCUACCAAAUUACGGUCCUCCUUAUCUUCAAUUUCCGAGGGAAAAGUAUUCUUAAACUGGAACAUGAUUCUACUGACCAUGCAGACAAAGUGAAGAACACACUGAUAUUCAAUACCUUUGUCCUCUGUCAAAUUUUCAAUGAAUUCAAUGCCAGGAAGCCGGAUGAAUUCAACAUAUUCAAAGGAAUUACCAAAAAUUAUCUCUUUAUGGGAAUAAUUGCAGUGACACUUGUACUUCAGAUUCUCAUUGUCGAGUUUCUGGGGAAGUUUACUACAACAGUCCGGCUUAACUGGAAGCAUUGGUUGAUUUCUGUUGUCAUCGCUUUUAUCAGUUGGCCUCUUGCUGUUGUUGGGAAGUUUAUUCCGGUAUCCGAAACUCCUUUCCACAGAUAUUUCACUAGGAGUCCUCUCUUUAAGUUUAUAAAACGAAUAUUCCGUCGGCGAAGAGAGAGAACAGAGGUCAGUCAGUAGGAAGUGUGGGGUGUUAAGCAUCACGGUUUUUGUGGAUUUCCGGCCUCUUUUGUUUUUGGCUAACAUGGCUAAGCAUACGAAUAUCGAUCUUUUGUUGAGUAGAUUUUAUUUGGGAUCAUUUACUGCAGUUGUCAAAACAAAAGCAAUAGUUAGUUUGGUUACUUGUGCGGUUGAAAACUACAGUUUGGUUUGUGGUUUUCAUUCAUACUGAUAUUGUUAAUGUUGGUUUGUUAAUACAAUAUAUAUGUAGAUGAUGUGCAGCUUUGCUUUGAAUCA